UCUUGAACUUCAAAAGCAUGAAACUGAGGAUAUUUUCAAGCAAGAGGCCUGUGAAGAAUCUCCAUCCAGUUUAAAGCCCUGGUCCACGAAUACGGGACGAUUGGCUAAACAGGAUAAUUCUGCAGAGCUGAAAUCAGAGUUAUCGGAGCCUGAAGAGAAAAUCACAGAGGGAAAUGGGAAAGAAGAGGAAGAGUCACCUUGGAGUGUGGAAAUAACUGUACAGAAGAAUGGCAGCUUCUCUCCAGCUUCAUUUGGUCAGCCCUCUCUUCAGUACAAUGAGAACAGUAUGAAGAAAAUAGCAAGAGGAUCAGAGAACCACACAGCAGCCUUUUUGCAGUGCAGUUCUCUCCCUGCUACUGGAGCAACACAGACAGAAGCCAUCAAAACUGAUAGACAGCAAGUGGAGAAAGAAAUCCAAAUUCAUACUGGAGAAAAAUGUUGUUUGGAAUGUGGCAAACAAUUCAAACACAAAAGUGAUCUUAAUAAACAUAUGAAGAUUCACACAGGAGAAAAACCUCAUUGUUGUCGAGAAUGUGGUAAGUCGUUCUCAAGGAGAAGCCACCUUCAGAACCACAGAAGAAUUCACACAGGAGAAAACCCUCAUUGCUGUCCAGAAUGUGGUAAAUCGUUCUCAAGGAGAAGCAGUCUUCGGAGUCAUAGAAGAAUCCACACAGGAGAAAAACCUCAUUCUUGUUCAGAAUGUGGUAAAUCGUUCUCAUGGAGACAUGAAUAUCAGUUGCACGGAAUAAUCCAUACCGGAGAAAAACCUCAUUGCUGUUCAGAAUGUGGUAAGUCCUUCUCAAGGACAAGCGACCUUCAGAAACACAAACGAAUCCACACAGGAGAAAAACCUCAUUGUUGUCCAGAAUGUGGUAAGUCGUUCUCAUUUAUAAGCUAUCUUCAGAGGCACAGAAUAAUCCACACAGGAGAAAAACUUCAUUGUUGCUCUCAGAAUGUGCGUCCACAGGAUAUGGUAUCCUGUACGGGGACAGAGACAGCCAAGCGACUCCCUGAGUGGGAGCGUCCAGAGGACCAGCAAAAGGACUGA